GCCUCAGGGCAUGCUGCGAUUGCGUAGCACGACUACAAGUUCCAGGGUCCUCCGGGUGCGGGGGCGCCGUGCGCUCCGAGUCCGCUGAUAGAGGGGCUCCCCGGAGCACCCGGCCGGACCUGCGCGGGUCUCUAUGUUCUUCCGUCCUCGGGAUCCUGGAUUCCGAGCCUCCUGGAUCCCUGUCUCAGCCAGUAGCUGAAUUACUCCACCUGCUUGCUUUCUCUGUGCACCAAGAAUCUGAGGUCCAGGAGUAUCAGCAGCAGCAAAGAUGUCUAACGAGCCACCCCCUCCUUAUCCUGGAGGCCCUACAGCCCCACUACUAGAGGAAAAAAGUGGAGCCCCACCUACUCCAGGCCGUACCUCCCCAGCGGUGAUGCAGCCGCCACCAGGCAUGCCACUGCCCUCAGCUGACAUUGCUCCCCCACCUUAUGAGCCACCGGGUCAUCCAAUGCCUCAGCCUGGCUUUGUACCCCCUCACAUGAAUGCAGAUGGAGCCUACAUGCCUGCAGGUUUCUACCCUCCUCCAGGCCCUCACCCACCUAUGGGCUAUUAUCCACCAGGACCCUACCCACCAGGGCCCUAUCCUGGUCCUGGGGGCCACACGGCCACAGUCUUGGUCCCAUCAGGGGCAGCUACCACGGUGACAGUGCUACAGGGAGAGAUCUUUGAAGGUGCACCUGUGCAGACAGUGUGCCCCCACUGCCAGCAGGCAAUCACCACCAAGAUCUCCUAUGAGAUUGGCCUGAUGAACUUUGUACUGGGUUUCUUCUGCUGCUUCAUGGGAUGUGAUCUGGGCUGCUGCUUGAUCCCCUGCCUCAUCAACGACUUCAAGGAUGUGACGCACACGUGUCCCAGCUGCAAAGCCUACAUCUACACAUACAAGCGCUUGUGCUAACGGAGCUAGACUUGGACUCCCCCAUCUAUCAGUCUGGCCCCAUGUGCUUUGCUCCCCAUGCUCAGUGGUCACUAUCCCUCAACCCCACUUAGGGUUGGAAGUUCUGCCACUGUCCCCUGGAAAUCUUGUCCUCACCUUGCCCUUCCCUGAGCAUCCAACUCUUCCAGCAAAAAUUCCGUUGGAUUUAAGGCCAAGAGCCAGUGGGUGGCAUGGGGUGGCACUGAUCUUGUGUGUUGCUUGGGCAUUUGUAAUCCAGAAGAUAAGCCGGAGAGGGUCUCUUACUGGGGUCCUCAUUCCUCCUUUCUGCAUAAGGUCCAGGCCUGGUCCUUACUCUUCUUGGGACCAAAAGCACCCAGAGCAUUAAUAGGUCCCAGACUAGGCCUACAGUGAGGGUUGUGCCUGGAACCACAGUUGCUUCUGAUCUGCUGAAAUGAGGUCAGGACAUCAUCUAGAGUUAAGUAGACCCAAGCAAGACAGGGUCUUAAGGCCUGGGUUUAUGUGGAAUAUGUUCUCCGGGGUGCCAAAGGUGGAUUAAGAAAGAAAUAAUGACUGUCAACCCUGGGCAUCAGAACUCUCAGGUAUGGAAACCCAGGACUUCUACCACUGUCCAGGAGCUACCCAAAAGCUCCCUAGUAUAAGGCAAAGAUGAUGCUGGGCUAGUUAAAGCCCUGGUAACUAAGAAGAACUUGCCCUUGUUCUCACCUAGCUUACUUUGAGUCAGUCAAUGUGCAGCUCUCCUUUCUGGCCACACCUCUGUGAACCCCUAUAUCUUCUGGGGCCAGAAAGAAUGAAUGCCCAUGAGCCUGUCCUGUUUACUUUGAUGUCUGUGCUGUGUAUGAGUACAACUUCUGCCUGGUGGCUUACUGACAGAGGGCCAAUCAGAAGAGCCUCCUUGUAGGGUCAUUGGUCUCUGGAGUAAGUGCCAGUCUUUUUGCCAUAGUUGACUUGUUUCUGUAUUGGGCACUUAAGUAGGGACAACUGUGGCACUGGGCUGGGGACCAGGAAGAAGUCACAAGUGGUGGGGGUGUCCUAGGGACAUGAGUCUUGCCCAGGGUGUAAACCCAAACUUGUCUUAUUUCCUGAAUGGUCUGUGAAUAUGCCCACGUGGAUGCUGUGUCCUGCUGCUGUCCCUCUCCUGGUCUCACACUACCACUGCAUGGCCUCCUAUCACUGUGAACUGUGGCCUGGUCCCAGUUUGUAGUUUCAUUAAAUCGGCCCUUUCACUUCCCUGC